AAACCUUGCACCCUCUGCCACACUCCCCGUCCCGUUCUCGUGCGCUGCCAAAUCGACGACGCGCGAACAUGGCACAUGGUGUGUCCGGGAAAUUGCUGGAAGAGCGUCUCGGGCGGAAUGGAGGAUGCGAGAGGACGGGAAGAGGAAUUUCCUUGGUAUCGUUAUGGGGGGAUGUGGAAGAAUAAACACGCUGAUGGCCCAAUCAGUGCGAAGAAACCGGGGAAAGUGAAGCGUCGGCAGAAGGAAGAAAGAAAGGCG